GAAACCUGUUGGGGUCGCCGGUGUGAUCCCAAUGCCAGUGGCUCCAAAUAAUGCCCUCGAUCUCACCCGCCUCGAUCCCACCUUCCUCAAGGAUGGUUCUAACAUCUUUUUCGACGCUGCAUAUAGUUCCGCUUUCAGUGAGCCAGUUUGUAAUGGGCGGGGCGAGGUUGUGAAAGUCCUUUCGUACACCUAGGUCGAAGAGUACUUUACGGCCAGAAGAUGGGUGUUCAAUGAGGAACGAGUAAGCUGGGCACUCAAAUCGAGAGUGGCCCUUUAUAGCAUGGGAUACCAUGCCCUCCAUAUGGACAUCAAUGGAGGACGUGGAGUCAAUGAUGCGGACAUUGACAACUGAGGUAGAAUCUGGGACAGAAAAGUUUGACAACGGCAUGGUUGCUGCUUUGAAUGCUUGCGUAGGAAUUAAUUCUCUACAGUCUAGAGAUUGGGUUGAGACUUUGGCGAUUUCUUGAAUCCUAAUGUAAUAAAGAAGAAAGUGUUACAAACGAGUGAUUAUCCGACAAAUGAGUUGCUACAUAUAAUUUAUAUGCCAAUAUCUCAAAUGGGAUUUGGCAGUCGGCUUUCCUAAGCCGAGAUUGAGUAUCAGGCGUCACUAGAACUCGGGCCUGAUACUUGCUGCUUAGGAUAUAAAGCGAACCUCGCACUUCGAAUUGGGCAUAAGAAAUUGUUAUAAUAUAAGCAUAUUAUAAUGUCCAUUCGCACAGCCCUAGUCACAGGAUCAGCCAACGGCAUUGGCCGUGCCAUCGCGUUGCGCCUCGCAGAAGAUGGUUUUCAGGCGGCUAUCAAUGAUUUGGCCAGCCAAGAUGCUAGGCUCAAAGAGCUGCAACAUGAGAUUGAGCUGAAAGGCAAAAGAUGUAUUAUCCUCCCUGCUGAUGUCAGCAGCGAAGACGAGGUUGCAAAAAUGAUGCAAAAUACAGUCCAGAUGCUCGGUGGGCUUGAUUCUCCACAGACCCCCGCAUAUUCAGUUAGCAAGUGGGCUAUUCGUGGGCUCACGCAGGUUUCUGCAAUGGACCUAGCGCAGCACGGAAUUACCGUUAAUGCAUACUGCCCAGGAAUGGUCCGUACCGACAUGUGGGAAACAAUCGACAGCAACCUCUCUACUAAAAUGGGGAUCCCUAAGGGAAUGGCAUUUGAGAAGGCUGUAGAAAGCCGUAUUGCAUCCAAGCGGGCUCAGACUCCUGAAGACAUUUCUGGCUUAGUUAGUUUCCUAGCAGGUAAGGACUCGGACCAGAUCACAGGUCAGAGCUUAAUCGUGGAUGGGGGAAUGUUCUCGUGGUUGUCAAAUCCAGAGUGGAAAGAGUUCUACUCGAGUGCUACCGAAAUCCAAGAUUACCUUCACCAAUGCUGUGGGAAGGAGAAGCUGUACGAUGCAAUCAAGACUAGUCAUCGGGUUGACCACGCGGAAUGGAACGAUAGUGAGGGUGUGUGGUCACUUCGGAUUGUUGAUGAAAAGUCUGGGAAGCAGUUCCAUGAUUACUGCCACUUUCUACUUGACGGAAUGGGGAUUCUAAACAACUGGACAUGGCCAGACAUUCCCGGCUUGCACGACUUCAGCGGCCCACUCAUCCAUAGCGCCAACUGGCCGAAGGACUUCAACUAUGAUGGCCUCACAGUGGCAGUGAUCGGCAAUGGCGCUACUGGGGUGCAAAUUGUGCCAGCUAUACUACCAGAUGUCAAACACAUGGUGCAUGUUGUGCGAUCACCGUCAUGGAUUGCGCCUCCGGGGCUUGUAAACUUGUCUCAUUCAAAUGCUGCCUCAAUUUUGAGCAAGAUUGACAUAGACGAAAAUGGCAACUUCACUGCGACCCAAAUCAAAAAGUUCAAGGAAUCACCAGAGGAUUAUUCAAAGUUUGUAAAGGCUAUCGAGCUUGAAACUAACCAGAAUUUCUCUAAAUUUAUGAUAAAGGACAGCAAUUCUCAGGCUGUGACUAGAGGGAGAAUCGAGGAGUACAUGCGAAACAUGCUCAACAAUGAUGAGGUCCUCUGCAAAGCCUUUAUCCCAGACUUUCCCCUCGGCUGCCGUCGUCUUACUCCAGGCGUGGGCUACCUCGAAGCCCUUCAAGACCCUAAAUUUGACAUUGUUACCGACACCAUCAAGAGGGUCGUCCCGAACGGCAUCGUGACCUCGACUGGUAAACUACUCAAAGUUGAUGCCAUCAUCUGCGCCACCGGAUUUGACGUCUCAUUUCGACCCCGCUUUCCCAUCAUCGGCCGUAAUGGUAACUUGCAAGAUACCUGGUUUCGUGAGGUUCCCAAAGCAUACAUGUCAUGUGCUGUGACUAGCAUGCCAAACUACUUCAUCUUUCUCGGCCCUAACGCUCCCAUUGGCCAUGGCAGCUACUUCACUAUCACCGAGCAUAUUGCCAAGUAUAUCGCAGGCAUUAUUAUCAAAUGUCAGACGCAGGGUAUCAAAUCCAUAGCUCCGUCAGAGUCGGCGGCUAACGAUUACUUCGAACAUAUCCAGGAGUUUAUGCCGCGGAUAACCUGGUCGGGUAAUUGCCGAAGCUGGUUCAAGCAGGGUAAAAAGGAUGCCCCGGUGGUAGCCCUGCAUCCUGGAAGCCGGAUUCACUUUUUCGACAUGCUGAGGGACUUUAGGGGCGAGGACUGGGUCUUCACAUACCAGGCUUCAAACCGGGGAAAUCGGUUUCGCUAUCUAGGGAAUGGAAUAUCGGCUAGGGAGUUGGACGGCAGUGAUUGUACCUGGUAUCUUGACGAGCCGGACAAUCUAUCUUAA